UCUUUAUUUCUCCUAUCUAAAUUCGAAAGUGAGCAAUAGCAGCCAGAAAUUGGAAAACAGACACACACGCUACUCAGAUAUUUGUUGGAAUCAUUAUCAGAAAUUGGUAUAACCCCAACUCUUGGAAACAUCAUCCACUCUCAUCUCUUUCACCAGUUCAUUCACCAAACAUCCUAAUCACCCAUUUCUGGUAAUAUAACAACAAAAGCUAGCUAGGUAAGAAUGGCAAGAAAGAAGAUACCGAUCAAGAAGAUCGACAACAUAAACGCGAGGCAAGUAACAUUCUCGAAGAGGAGAAAAGGUCUUUUCAAGAAGGCUCAUGAACUGUCAACUCUCUGUGAUGCUGAGAUUGCUCUCAUAGUCUUUUCCGCAACCAGCAAGCUCUUCGAGUACGCCAGUUCGAGCAUGCAACAAAUAAUUGAAAGGCGUAAUCAGCAUUCAGGUGUUCAAGGAUCAAACAUUGCAUCCACUGGAAAACAGCUUGGAAGUAACUCUUUUGACAUGCUGCACAAGGAAAUAGAAGAUAAGGCUCAUGAACUGUGUCAGUUGAACGAACAAGACUUGCAAGGAUUGACAGUACAAGAGUUGCAGAAACUGGAGGAACUUCUCCAAAAACGUUGGAUCACUAUUUCAAAAAUUAAGGAAGAAAAAAUGACACAAGAGAUCAACAGUCUUAAAACAAAGGUAAAUGCUCACACAGAUUGCAAAUCAUGUCUGUCUUUGAGAUAUUAUUCGUAUUUCUGGUCAAAUAAAUUUGUACCUUAAAAUAUUAUUAAACAUUCGAAACCAACGAAACGUGAUGUUUGUUUAAUAUAACCAUCAACAAUACUUUUGAUCAAAAAGACAACUGCCAAUGACAAACCUAAAAAAAUGGAGACUUUAUAUUCAGUUAUUCAUCCAAAAAACUCCACGGCCUUGAAUACGUAGGUCACAUUCCUUAUGUUUUUUCUCAGGGAAUGUUAAUCACUUCAAAAUGGCAUUUAACUUUAAAAAUCACGUCUUGAUUAAAGCUGGUAAUAGUUGCUUCCUCAUUUUUUCUGCUAUUGGGUAUGGAAAACUACGUUCUUGAAUAAUUUUCAGACACCCUAAUAGUAAAAAUGAUUUUUUUUGUUUGUUUAUAACAAUAAUGCAGCCUGUUGGCAAUUU